UUUUCUUGGACGAAGUGCGCGUCGGUGCGCUGGCAAAGUAAAGGAGCGCGCCCGACGACUGCGGCUUCGCGGACACAUUGCGCGUGCGCCGCGGCCGUUUUUCGCGCAUUGUGGGAUAGCUGGCUUGACCCGCAUAAUUAGUCCUCGCGAAAUCGGCCGUUUCGUGGGGGCCGGGAAACGAAGUAAUUCGGUGGCGGUCUUUGCCGAUUUCGGGUGAAGCCGCAGGGACGUCCGAGCCGCGCAGCGGACGACGAGCCGGGCGUCGGUAUGCGCGGAUCGCGGCGCUACGAGGGCCGCUGAGCCCUGCGGGAAGAACCCACCGCCGGCGCGCAGAGAGGCCAACCGAAGAGCUCCGGAGAGAGAGUGAGUACUCCCCGCAGACAUGCCAAGCUUUACGGGCACCGUCAAGCUGAAGAUAUGCGAAGCCGUGGAACUCAAGCCGACAGACUUGACCACACGGCACGCGAAUGUGGUCGGCUCGAAGCCUCAACUGAUGCUGAUAGACCCGUACGUGUCCAUCAAUGUCGAUGAUAUCCUCAUCAGCCGAUCCAGCACCAAGCAGCGGACCUUCAAGCCCGUCUGGAACGAGUACUUCACGGCCGAGGUGCACGGCGCCCAGAACCUGGGCUUCACCGUGUUCCACGCGGCGCUGCCUUCGGACGACUUCGUCGCCAACUGCAGCGUCUCCUUCGACGAGCUGGUCAACUCGGCCAAGGAGCAAGGGAGCAACGAGAACGACAUUUGGAUUGACCUCGAACCCGGAGGCAAGAUCCAUGUGGUCAUUGAACUCAUCUCGGCGGAGAAUGUGGUGGCGGAGAAGCCGCGCGAGUUCAAGCAGCGGCAGGGCCUCAACCGGCGCCGUGGGGCCAUGCGGCGUCGGGUGCACCAGGUCAACGGCCACAAGUUCAUGGCCACCAUCCUGAGGCAACCCACCUUCUGCUCUCACUGCCGUGAGUUCAUCUGGGGCCUAGGCAAGCAAGGGUACCAAUGUCAAGUUUGCACGUGUGUAGUUCACAAGCGAUGCCAUGAGUUCGUGGUUACCAAAUGUCCCGGCAUGAAAGACAGCACCAACGAUGAGCUGGCAGCGGGCAGCCGGUUCAACAUCAACAUCCCACAUCGGUUUGUCGUCCACAACUACAAGCGACCAACCUUCUGCGACCACUGUGGUUCCAUGCUGUAUGGACUGUUUCGACAGGGCCUCCAGUGUGAAGCAUGCAACAUGAAUGUACACAAGCGCUGCCAGAAGAAUGUUGCCAACAACUGCGGCAUCAACCCGAAGCAAAUGGCCGAGAUCCUCAGCGCCAUGGGUAUCUCCGGUGACAAGCUUACCAAACGCAAGAAGAAGCAAGGAAUAUCCCUCACCCAAGAGAUAUAUAACCAGACCUCCAUCAGUGAAUCUCCCAACAAGUUGACGCAGUCCGUGUCUGAAAGAUCGCACACGUCCCCCUUGCCGGCCACUGCGGAUGAGGAGAAGGGUGUGCCGGGCAUGAGCUUCGGGGCCUACGACAUGCUGUCACUGACAGACUCGUACGGGCAGCUGUCACUUCAAGUGCCAGACACGGGCGGCGAGCCUGUCGAGAAAUUCUCUCCCACACCGAGCAGCCGCGACAGUCGGCGGCUGCGCAAGUUUGGGUUGGAGGACUUCCUCUUCAUCAAGGUGCUCGGCAAGGGCAGCUUCGGAAAGGUCAUGCUAGCCGAACGCAAGGGCACAGAAGAAGUGUAUGCUGUGAAAGUGCUCAAGAAGGAUGUCAUCCUGCAAGACGACGACGUUGACUGCACCAUGACGGAGAAGCGCAUUCUGACGCUGUCCGCCAAGCACCCGUUCCUCACAGCCCUCCACUGCUGCUUUCAGACUGAGGAUCGACUGUUCUUCGUCAUGGAGUACGUCAACGGUGGAGACCUGAUGUUCCAGAUUCAGAAGGCGAGGAAGUUUGACGAGCCGCGAGCACGAUUCUAUGCAGCCGAGGUGACGCUAGCCCUCAUGUUUCUACAUCAGUACGGAGUCAUAUAUAGGGAUUUAAAACUAGACAACAUUCUCUUAGACACGGACGGUCACUGCAAGAUCGCAGACUUUGGCAUGUGCAAGGAAGGCAUCAAGGAUGGCGUCACGACGACCACCUUUUGUGGUACACCGGACUACAUCGCUCCAGAGAUCCUGCAAGAGUUGGAGUAUGGCCCAUCAGUGGACUGGUGGGCGCUAGGUGUGCUCAUGUACGAAAUGAUGGCGGGCCAGCCGCCGUUCGAGGCGGACAACGAGGACGACCUCUUUGAGUCGAUCCUGCACGACGACGUCCUCUACCCAGUGUGGCUAAGCAAGGAAGCCGUUUCCAUACUCAAAGGGUUCAUGACCAAGAAUCCUGCCAAGCGGUUGGGCUGCGUGGAGUCACAAGGUGGUGAGCAGGCCAUUUUGAGCCACGCUUUCUUCAAGGACAUUGACUGGGAAGCCCUGGAGGCCCGCAAAGUCAAGCCACCCUUCAAGCCCAAGAUUAAAACUAAGCGCGACGUGAACAACUUUGACCAAGACUUCACCAAGGAAGAGCCGGUGCUGACACCGGUCAACUCGGAAGUGUUGCGCAACAUUAACCAAGAGGAGUUCAAGGGCUUUUCCUUCGUCAACGAGGACUUCAAUCCGGCCAGGUUUGCGGGCGAGGGCGGGCCCGCGACAUAGUGCCUCCUCCGCACGUGACGGGUCGCCCUUUCUAGUCACGCCCCACACGCGCACACACCAUCCACCAUCACUCCGUUCCUUUCCCGCCUUCCCUCUGGCGGAUGCAGUGCCUGGCUGGCCCAUUCAACCUUUCUCCUCUCGACCUCACACUUUUCCUGUCCCCCCUUACUUUUCUUUUCCGAUUGGUGGUUCUUUUCCAACCAGGUGGUUCCCUGUAUGCCGCACACCUGGCCACACUCUUAGCGGCACCGUCUUCUCCCAUAGCGCAACGCCGUAGAGGCACUGUCGCUGUGGCAUGCACGGACUCCAGUUAAAGCGGUUUCUUUUCUCGCACGCAGCAACGACGACAUUUUGGCGGGCCUUGUAACUCCGAUGGUAGUAGCCUCCAGGCGGGGUUGUGACAGGCAAUUCGCAGACCCCAAACCUGUUAGCAUUUCCACGCAGACACAAUUAGUAGCCGAGACACCUGUCGACGCACUGCCGAAAUCUCGCCGUGUCUCGUCGUCGUGCUGCUUUAUUGCUCUUUCGUUGAAGGCCGCGGCGGCACUGUUCGAAAUACCCUUCCCGCUGCCCUUUGAACUCCAGAAUGUUACGUGAGCCGGGUUUGCCGGGCCAAACGUCUGUGCCGUGGUCGGAAGCAGCAGGUGGAAAAGGUGGCGCUCAGGCACCCAUUUCUAGUCUAGUCCAGAGCCGAUCUUGUUUAGUGCCAUGUGCCCUGGGCUGCUACGACUGGCCCAGCCAUAAAGGCUGGCCUCAUUUCACAGUUGUUUUGUUUUUUUCAUCUCCUUGGUUUCGCUGCAAAUAUACUUCAUUGCUUUGCUCGUUGUCUGAAAUUUCACAAAAUUUCGCAUGUGUGCAUCUUCUCCAUCCUCCGCAACAUCGCUUUGUGUUUCGAGGGGAGCCUCGAAUAGUUUGUUUCAGGCAAAAGCGUGUCUUGUAGGUGGCCAUGUUCCUGAAAGGACAUCAUAUAGUGUUCGUUAAUUAGGCAUCUUAUUACAUAAUUUCUAGGUUUUAUUCUUGCUUUUUCUUUUCCCCUUGACACUACCGUGUCAAUUUUUUUGAUCCCACCGUUCUACUUCCAGGUCACUGCAUCAAACCUUAUUACUAGCCGUGACUUGUUUUCGCUGUGUUCAUAAUGCAUAGUAUUUAUUUAUUUAUUCUCUACAACUUCCAUGGACUUUAGAAAGGAGGGGUAAUCUCGUUAGAUGUGCAUGUUUCAUGUCUGUAAGCAGCGGUCAGAAGGUCUUGUUUGUUUUGUCCAUUUGUUUUGUUUCGUUUCAUCCAUCCAUCAUUCAGCACAUCCUGGGCACAGGUCGAUAAUGCUACCAGGCUAAUCUCGCACAUCAGUCAAGGCCCACAUCUGCUGUUCCCCGGAGUUUUGAAGUUGACAGUGUCAACUUGUUGCCCGUCUGAUCCAGGCUCUCUUAGCAAGCACUGGUGCUGGUCAAUGUGGAAUUGGCUAUGAGGGAACACAGAGAAAUGGCCGGAUUUGUCAGUUCUUGGUACACUUUAAAAUUGCACUGAGUGGCUGAACCAAGCUUUCUUAUUUAUAUUUCUCUAGGCUUCUUGUGGAAGCUUCACCUUCGCCAUUGGGCCACAGUUUGGUUGUGCAGAAGAGGAGUACAGUUUGAGUGCAUGUCUUAUGCUUGUCAAUUAAUUGGUAUACGCUACACUGAAGGUGUUGCGCUUGCUAUAUUUUCACAAGUGGAUCUAAGUCUUUGCAACAGGUUGUAGAGUAGCGAGCGGGGUAAUCAUAUGCCGGUGAAUAUCUGUGUUUCAGGUAUAAAUGGCUGCAAGUUCUCUGGGAACAUGUUGGGCAAGAGAGUCAUGCCACCCAUGAGAUAUGUCAAGUAUUAAAGAUCAUUGUUGAUUCCCUUCCCUUAAAACAGACGCUUGGUGUGAUGACACAAUUCUGUGGAUGGCUGUAGGCCACCCACCACAACAAAGUAAAUGGACUUUGCCCUCCUGUGACUAAAAAUAUUCCAUCCUCCAGUUUGUCUGGAAAUCUUCAGUGCGUCUGCAAAUAUUGGCUUGCUCUCACGCACGCGUAAUCGUUGAUAAGCUUGUCGAGCAAUCAUGCUAGUCAACUUCGACUGGGUUAGCGACUCCUAAAAUAAUUGGUAUGUACAGCCUUUGUCAAAAGAACCAAAGCCACUGCACGCAUGGCCAUAGCUGACUCUAGGGUGCCUUGUCAGCUGCCUAUGGCAUCUGCACUGUGGGGAGAGGAGUGAACUUCCCCAUUUUUAUUUUCUAACGCCAGAUGUCUUGACAGGCACAACGUGACGUAGCUGGUACAGAACAACACUUGGUCUCCCUGUCAUAUAUUGACGAAGGCUGCACCUAACAUUUGUCUUGAAGUAGUAUCGGCCCGGUUUUGACAAUGAGUGAGCAGUAGCGUGUGGUACUGCCUGCGCUGCUUGUACGACACACCAAAGAAAGAUAGGUGCUUGUGCCUUCGUAACAAGUGGCACACUGUAGCUUCCAGCUGCAUGUCUGGUCCCACUGGUCUGUCAGUCCCCCAACACAUGUUGCAUGAGAGGUUUCCAAAGACAGACAUGUUCUUUGACUUGAUCCUACCUAGGAGUAAAUAGUACCGCAACAUCGUUGCAUUUAGAUAACGCUUUGAAGGAGGAAAUUUGUGUUUGCAGCAUUGCGCCACUGCUGUUUGGACGAAGCUCGCAUGGGUCCAACACGUGGGACUCGUUCCAAUGAUAGCCUCAGCGUAGCUGUGAUUACGGAGUCAUCAACACAGUGCCCUUGUGCUUUUCUUUUUUUUUUUUUUUUUCGUGACCCAAAGGCCCCAUGCGAUGCUGUGUUCCAUGUUGUGUCCCACUCUGUUCAUUGUUUUCUGCUUAGUCUCUUUUUUCUCCUUCUUAGGUCAUUUGACUUGUGCAUCAGUAUUUAUUAUUUGUUGUCACCGGUUCAGCCAUACAUGCCCAGUGGCUUUACAUUUCAGCCUCUUAGCACUGGCAGAUGCGCCCCCGCGGUGCACCGAACAGCUUGUGCAUUUCGCACUUUCCAAAGAUUUCGUCUUGCCCUGCUGGCAUCUUUGUGCUAUUUUGAAGAUCAUGGAGAUAUUGUGCUUUGCUUAAGUUAGUACUAAGUACCAUGUAGACUGCUUGCAUUGUGCUUUUCUGGUACUGAACUGUUGAUAUUGUUUUUUUUUUUGUUUUUUUCCUAUGCCCUCGCAUAUGUGGUAAACUAAGCCUCACUCCCUGCACCGUAAAGCAGAUGGCCGAUCCAGAUUUUCUGUAACCGUGUAUGUGGGAAAUGUUGUCAUUCUGGUUGCUGUGAGCAGACCAGUGUUGUGCCUGCAGCGUAAUGAAAGUACCGUGGGACUCCUUUAUAAUGUAACCAAAGCUUUAUUUAUGUUUGGAACUUCGAAGAGAAACCUUGUAGCUUCUUCAGUUCUUGUCGAAAAGGUUGAUGAUCAUUUCUUUGGAAAAGUCACACAUUGUUUGUGAAGCACUGUUGCGAAAUCAGUGUAAAUUCGUGCUCCUUAUGCCUUGCAUCAUACAAAAAAAAAGAAAAACUUGCUGAGCGCUUGUGUUCUUGAUGUAUGUGUCACAAUACCUGCGUUAAGCAGUUACCACUACUGAGCAGCUCUUGCAUUAUGUGCAGCCACUUGCAGAAUUUAUUGGGACACAGAAGCGACAUUGGGAGUUAACCUACAAUCUGGAUGUGCAUUGUGCGGCUUAUGUGCACGAGCGUGGAGCGUAUGCCUCGGCUCUCGGCUGUAUGCUUGAUACAUGCUAGAAACUUUGCUUUGUUAUGAUGUCACUGUUCUAAAAACGUCUGCGAGCGUUUGUGCGUACAUUCUCAUUAUUGUCAAACCUCUCAUUAGUUUGCAGGCUAAGGAGGUUGUCGCAUAUUGUCAAGCUAUUUCAAUUGCAAUCUCGAUUCGAUUGCCAAUGUGUCAUUAUAACUACACUCUGAGACUGCAACGAGGAACACGUGUUUCUCUUACUGUGUUCUCGCGUCGUACAGUUGACUUUUGUUUGACAUCUGUUUACACGACCCACCUUUUCAAUUCAUUUGCUUUGAAAAACCAUGAAAGGUGGCAUUUUAAACAUGUCCAUAAACUUUAACGUGGGUUAUUUGAACUGUUCUCUUCGUGUCUCAGACAAAGGGCGAAUUAUCAUGAGCUAACUGUGUCUGCACAGCUGUACUGUUCAGUUGUGUUGAUUUUGCACAUGGCACAUCUUUUGUUAUCCCCUUAUAACCAGUGGUCGUAACCAUUUGCAAAAGCGCAGUUAGUCGUGUAAAUGUGAGUUUGCUCAUUCAUUGGGAUAAGUCUCUGAUGCAGUGCUGUUGUAGUGUGGGUUAACUGCAUUGAAUUUGCAUUAAAUUGAUGAUAGUUUGUUUUAGUCUUUCUUAACAGUAGUGCCCCACCAUCUCUCAGCAUUUGUGCCAUGUCAUUGUAGCGGCUUGUUGCUUUUAAUGCUAUGUGCAGUAGUUAUGUCUGUGUGUAUUGGCACACUGUUUCACGUUCGUUUCAGUUUCGAGGAAAUUGUAAAUUAUAAUGGCUCAGCAUCUUUUGUUCCAAGUUUUCUUUCUUUUUUUUUUGGUAUAAAAGAAGACUGCCGUUUCACAUAACAAAAUACUCACUUGCACACAUCAGAGAGUGCAUCAGACAGUGCCAAACUGUUUGGUGCAUGCUGUGUGCACAUGUACAUAAUGUAAAUGUAAGUUGUUGGUUGAUGAAGCAUUGCUGUGACUUUUCUUUAUGCCUGCUUUUGUCUGCCUUGUUUCUUUUCAGUGGAUUCCUUUGUUUCUUUCUUUUUUUGCAUCUAUGUGAGUGGAGCAGAUAGAGAACAUACGUAAACUGAGCAAUGUGUUUGGCCAGAGUGUGGAUGUUGAGUAUAAAUAUGCUUGUUGUACAAGGCUUGCUACUUUGCCAACUCUGGAGAACACAAGAAUGUGUGCUGCGGCUUUCGUGAAAUUGACUCACUCUGACUUAUGGAUUGACCUUUGUUUAUAUUUAUAUAGUAAAAAAUGCAGCUAAAAUUAAUUGUGAUUGUGGGGUCAAGUGUGCAGUAAACGAUGGCAGCAUCCAGACACAGCGCAUGCCCAGCACCUUCCAAGCGUGCUUGCUUUUGUAAAAAUGGCCAUUUUGUCUCCAUCCAAGCACUGCAUUGCAGUGCGUUGCAGUGCGUGAAGUUUGCUUUAUAAAGUUUUGUUCUCACGAGAGUGAGGUGACAAUGUGGAGAGAUGUUUUUCAGUGCUCGUCAUCAUAUCGCCAUGGUGACAAUAGUUACCUUUCAGUGAAUGCUGUGUGCAAAGGUGUUUCAAUGUUAUAAAUCACAGCUCUUGGUUCAACCUUGA